AUGGCUCCUAAGAUGACUCUCGCUAUCGCUCUUGCUAUCGCAGCAUUUGUGCCAGCCACUUUGGCAGCACCAACCGAGAUCGUUGCUCGUCAAGAGAGUGAACCCGAGUUGAACCCAAUUGUUGGUGGAGUCGCCGCAGCUGCUGGCGAGUUCCCAUAUAUUGUCAGUCUCUCGUCUGGUGGUUCUCACUUCUGCGGUGGUGUCUUGAUCAACUCCCGAACUGUCGUCACUGCUGCACACUGCUCUGAGCAAUCUGCUUCAUCUGUCAGAGUCCGCGUUGGAACAGUUGUAAGUUUGCCAUUCUUCAUAUAUGUACGCACAGCAACUGAUUACCCAACAGACCCACGCUUCCGGCGGAACUCAAGUUGGUGUUUCCAGAAUCAUUUCCCACCCAAACUACAACCCAAGUACCACCGAUGCCGACAUUGCCGUCUGGCAAUUGGCCACCGCUAUCCCAACAAGCUCCACCGUUGGUUACGCUACUCUCCCAGCUCAGGGCUCUGACCCAGCUGCUGGUACUACUGUCACCGUUGCUGGAUGGUACGUUCUACUCCAAAACCUUUGCAAAUACUUUGGAAUCGAAGACUAAUACAAUAAAUAGGGGAACUUUGACCGAGACCGCCAACGGCCUCCCAGCCAGACUCCAAAAGGUUGACGUGAACGUUAUCGCUCGCAACACCUGCGCAGCUGACUACUCCGGUUACACCAUCUCCAACAACAUGUUCUGUGCUGGUGUCAACGGUGGUGGAAAGGACUCUUGCGGUGGUGACUCUGGUGGACCAAUUGUCGAUGCUUCCAGCAAGACUCUCUAUGGUGUUGUAUCAUGGGGAGUUGGAUGCGCCCGUCCUGAUUUCCCAGGUGUCUACACCCGUGUUGGCAACUAUGUCAACUGGAUCAACUCCAACUCCGCCGCUUAA